GAUCCUGAACAGUUCAGUUACUUUGCAGUAGUCAUUCAGUGGGAACAGAGGGAGGCUAUCUUGUUUGAUGGAACAGCAUUAUUUGACAGAGCGAAUGUAAAAUGGGUUAACGUGACAGCCAGAAACGAGGUGCUAUGGUCCGUUGGUCAUUAUAAGUUUAUUGACGCCAAGAUUACAAAACACGUCUUGAUCUCUGUGAUGAACGUCUUCGGGUGCUACUUUUACGGCUACACGCCGGUUAGUGGCUACAUGUACCCAGGAGGCUACAUCGUGUCGCCCAUCAACCUGCCUUGCACUAGUGACAGUACAGUGGCGGUACCCAGCGGGGACCUCAUUGACAACGACUGCGAUGGCCUUGUAGAUGAGGAGGCCAUUGACGGAGAAGACAAUGACCGCGACGGGAAGAUAGACGAGGAUACCAACAAGUACAAAGCGGAACUCCACUACGGGCAAUGGUCAGACUGGGCUUGUAGUAGAGACUGCUAUGACACUAAAUUGUACAGAUACAGAGAGUGUAGAAGUAACAAUGUCAAAGUAACCUGUCAAGGUAACUCCAACGAGACCAAACCAAGUGAAUGUUACUUCAAUGAGAAAUGCCCUGAGACCUGUCCAGCACAUGAAUGGGGUGUGGGCUGUAAACACACGUGCGAUACCUGUGUCAAAGACUGCGACAAGUUCACGGGGGCCUGUGGUCAAUGUAAGCCAGGAUUCCAGGACCCUGCGCACUCAUGUAAAACACCUGUGGGCGGACCAGGAAAAUUAAAAGGCAAUAACAAUGUUAUUUAUGAUUGGAGUGAAUGGCACUGCUCCCAAGACUGUCGUGACACUUCACAGGUAAGAGAAAGAAUAUGCAAGUCUGCAAAGACUGGUCUUCAAAUGUCCAACUGUAAUGAAACGACUAACGAAACACGGCCCGCGGAAUGUUAUGCUGACAAGAACUGUCCUGAACUUUGUCCAAAUUUCAAAUGGGGCAUUAACUGCGUGAAUUCUUGUGAAAAUUGCGAAGAACCAUGCAACAAGUUCAUUGGAAUGUGUCAGACUUGCAAUCCUGGAUUCCAGAAGCCUAGCAAUUCCUGCUCCAUAGCGUGCUCAUCCAACCGAUACGGAAUUAACUGUCGUGGCAGUUGUAUAGAAAAGUGUGGAGAAGAUUGUAUUGAACGGGUUCACGGGGAUUGUCCAGGCGGAGGUUCAGGUUUGUGGAUCGGUGUGUUAAUUCUAUUUCUGUUAUUUGUGAUCGUUGGAAUCUACAUUGGUUUGAUAGUGCACAGAAGGACGCUGAGCCAAAAGGCAGUGGGCGCAGGGGCUGGCACACCUUCUGUCAUGUCAGUGCCGGUAUCGCAGAUGUCUGUCCAAUCGGAGAAGUCAGCAGCCACCGAAAAAUCGGAGAGGUCAAAGUUUUCCAGCAAAUCCGACAAGUCAAAGACGUCCAACAGAUCGGACAAUGUGGCCUCAGAGCCAUCGGGCUCAGUCUUCAACGAGACAACGUCCGACGGUAUGGCGUAA